UCGCCUAUCUGAUUUCUGACUCAACUUCUGAAGUGGUUUGCAUCCAAAAUGUUAAAUUCCUAAAUUAAACGUCAUUUCCAUUGUUGUGAACAACAUUAUUUAAUUUAAGUUUAAUAAUGGUCGAUGAAUCCAGAGUUAAACAAUGGCUCUCAAACGCAAAUUAUCGCAAUCCAGAUAUAGUGCUCCGAGAAAUUUUAACUAUCACUGGUAGUUAUCAGGGAUUAUUUCCACAACUUGACACGUACACUUUUAACGAUGGAACGCCAAUGGAGUUAGUUCAUUUAAAGGGAACUAUUCCGGUUAGGUAUAAGAGUAAUGUCUACAAUAUUCCGAUAUGUAUAUGGAUAAUGGAUACACAUCCUAAUAAUGCCCCCAUUUGUUACGUCAAGCCCACACCGGAUAUGUCGAUCAAAGUUUCAAUGUAUGUCGAUCAAAAUGGCAAAAUAUAUCUUCCCUACCUGCACGAGUGGGAUUUGAACUCUUCGGAUGUAUUGGGUUUAAUUCAAGUAAUGAUGGUUACAUUCGGCGAGCAACCGCCUGUUUUUGCAAAACCGAAAGAAGACCUACCUUACCAGCGAUCAUCAUAUAUGCCACAACCACCCGGAGGAAGUAACUCAUUUAUGCCAUUUCCCACACCGUAUCCGCCUGCAGGGGGCUUUAGUGGAUAUCCUCCCUAUCCUCCAACGAACACUGGGUUUCCCCAAUAUCCGAACUACCCACCAUACACUCCCUAUCCAGCAUCAAAUUUUGAUAAACCUCCUGUCCCUGCAGCUGGCAUGACUGGAACAAUUAAAGAGGAACACAUUAGAGAGUCGUUGUUAACGGCUAUCGAAGAAAAACUAAUGAGACGGAUGAAAGAGCAAUUUCAACAAAGUCAAGCCGAAUUAGAUACUCUGCGUAGGACUCAAGAUGAACUGAAGCAAGGUAAAGCAAAAUUGGACGCUAUUUUGGCCAGAUUAGAAAAGGAAGAGAAUGAUCUUAACAAAAAUAUUACCAUUUUGCAAGACAAGGAACAAGAGCUCGACAAGGCCAUUGAAAGGCUAAGCAGUCAAGAAUCGAUAGAUGUCGAUGAUGCGGUAAUCACAACUGCACCAUUGUAUAAGCAAUUAUUAAAUGCAUUUGCCGAAGAGGCUGCCCUUGAAGAUGCCAUUUACUACAUGGGGGAAGCUCUGCGGAGAGGCGUAAUCGAUCUUGAUGUCUUCUUAAGACAAGUUAGAACGUUAUCACGCAAACAGUUCAUGUUAAGAGCGCUUAUGCAAAAAUGUAGACAAAAAGCUGGCUUGACCGUUUAGGUAUAUGUUUGUUGCAAUUUCACAUAUGUUUAAGGGAAGUAUGCGAGCGCAUGACUUUACCAUGUAGAUCAAUAUAAAAUUUUAAUUACUGUUUAUCCACAGAGUAUAAUAUUAAAAUAUAACUUUCUAAGAUGUAAUUUA